ACAGUUAAUGUAAGAGUUACUGAAGAUGAGGAAUAUAUAUUAGAGAAGUUUUUUCUUUUUUCCUUCAAAAAUUUUAUUUGGAAGCUUGUCUCCAGUUACUGCUUUACAAUCAAGUUUGUUUACUUCAUCAGAAAUGUUUUUUACAAUCUCAAGAAAAAAUAUGUCCCAGAAGUUGAGUUUAUUAUUGCUUGUGUUUGGACUCAUUUGGGGAGUGUUGUUACUGCACUAUACUUUCCAGCAACCAAGACAUCAAAGCAGUGUCAAGUUACGUGAACAAAUACUAGAUUUAAGCAAAAGAUACGUUAAAGCUCUUGCAGAGGAAAAUAAGAACACAGUGGAUGUCGAGAAUGGUGCUUCUAUGGCAGGAUAUGCCGAUCUGAAAAGAACAAUUGCUGUCCUUUUGGAUGACAUCUUGCAACGCUUGGUGAAGCUGGAGAACAAAGUCGACUGUAUUGUUGUGAAUGGCUCAGCCACCAACACUACCAACGGCACUAAUGGGAAUCUGGUGCCAGUAACCACAAAUAAAAGGAUAAAUGCCUCUGGCAGCAUUAGAUAGCAGUUGAAGAUCACCUUGUGCUGCUGUUUCCACUAUGGAGUAUAUCCUAUCGCAGAAAAGCUUUUUAAUUGCUGGCUAGGAGAGAUACUUUACAAUAGAAGCCCAACAUAUUUUCAAGGAAUUUGCUGGAUUCAUGGAACUCUUAAUCUGUAUAUAAAAUUUUAAGUGUUACUAGUUUGCUUCCAGGCAAGUCUUUUCCAUGCUGUACCUUAUCCUUAAGGCAACAUGGCUGGUGUAGUGAGCAGGUAGAUGGUCUUUGUGUAAAUGUUUUGUGUUUGAGAUCAAGCUGAAACAACACUAAAACUCAUGGAUUUGUUUCUGUAAGAUAUUUAUUUAAGUGUAUAACAUGUUUUCAGACAAGUGGAGAAUAUUAUUACUGAAUUAUUCUUCUGUCAUUUGUUCUCAGUAGAUGUAACUGUUCAGCUAAGGCUAUUAGAUGUGCUUACUUCCAGUACUAUAUUUUGUUACUCAGAUUAUGAAGAGAGAAAGGAAGUAUAAUGUUGAAAGUAAUGUUUUGAAAUCAUGACCCAAAGAAUGUCUUCAUUUGCACUAUCCUUCAAAAUAAAUGAAGGUUGUAUAUUUUUAAAAAUUACAUUUGUAAGAAUAUAAUCUUGAAAUGGUAGCAGCCACUGUCCGUAAUCUAGUCUAAACAUUGGGGACAAUUUAAUAACAUUAAAAUUGUAUCUCUAAUCUCAUACUUAAAAUUUUCUUACAUAUAUUCUGAAAAAUAAAAAUAUUUUUAUGAUGAAAUGAAGUAUAACUAUAUUCGUGAUUUUUUCACCUGCAUGAAUGUUAAUUUAAAAGUUUAACUGCUUAGCUGGGUGUAGUGUUGCCUUCCUGUAAUUCCAGCUACUCAGGAGGUUAAGGCAGGAGAAUUGAGAAUUCAAGGUCAACCAAGGGAACUCAGUGAGACUUUCUUUAAAAAACAAAACUUAAUUCAUUGAGUGUCUAUACCAUAAGGAAAAGCGCAUGAUUUCCACAUUUGGGUAAUUUUUGCUUUUGUUAUAUUGGUGGGAGAGGCAGGGACUAAAGGACUUUAGUCAGAUGUAUAUAAUACAGGUAUUCAUGCUGCAUAAAUUGCUUGGAACAUAUUACUUUAUGUUACAUAAGAGUAUCCUUUAUGGAAAUUUGUAUUAAAUAUUCAUCUUAUAUAAUGACCACUUAAAAUAAGAACAUUUAAAAUAAAUUAUGAAGAUUGACUAUCUUUUUCAGGAAAACAAUUACUGUAUACAGCACAAUAAAACUUAAUCUUGGGUAAUUCUAGUAUAGAACAAAGUACACUUUAUUUAAAUUUUCCAGUAUAUCUGAUUGCUGUACGGUGCCCUGUAUUUCAUAGUAUUUAUUCUCUAUAAUAACUGCUCAAAAGCAGCCAGCUUCUAGAUUUAGACUAUAUUGAAUUUAGUUUUAGAUAUUGUAUUGUUCAUUAUUACAAUAUGCUACCAUUAAGUAGCAUAAUUACAAUAAUUUGUUAAAAUAAGUAUGAGAAAAUAUUAUUUCAUGAAGAUAGCUUUCCAAACUUGCC